AUGAGCGAACGCGGUGUUGGAAAGCCAUGGACAACGCUCGAAGAUAACCUACUUGUCCAGGCGGUCGCCAUCCAUGGGGAGAACGACAACUGGAAGAUCAUCUCUGCGUCAGUGCCCGGACGGACGAAUAAGGCGUGCAGGAAGCGCUGGCUUCACUCCCUCUCACCAAAUGUGAAGAAGAGCGCGUGGACGGCGGAAGAGGAUCAACAGCUCCUUUCAUUAUUUGCCACCCAUGGCCAGAAGUGGUCCGUCAUCGCUCGCCAGAUUCCCGGAAGGACAGACGAUGCUUGCUCCAAGCGUUACAGGGAGGCAUUAGACCCCUCUCUCAAACGCGAUGACUGGACGGCCGAUGAAGAUGCCAGGCUUUUUGAAGCUCAUGAAAGGCAUGGAGGAAGAUGGGGCCUCAUCGGUCAAGAGUUAAACAGAAGCGGAUUGGGUUGCAGGAACAGGUAUCGCAUGCUUGACCGAAGGAGACAACUUCAACCCCAAAUCCCUGGACAGGCAGGGCCUUCUCAUGCCGUUCCAGGGACCCUCGCUUCUGCUUUGCAAGGAACAUCCGAUGGCUCUGGGAAUCAAGGCUCUCCCUUCUGGGAUGGUCGGAGUCCGCAAUAUGUGGCGCCGUCUGUCUUACACUCAGGUUCUUCGCCUCAGCACGUCCUCCAACCACAAGGCGCCUCCUUUUCUCCACAGCAGAUCUUGUCGGGAGCUCAUUUAACACCUCCACACCCGAGUGCCCAGGAAGUGUCGCAAGAUGCACUCCCAAGCUCAUCCGCGCUCGACGAUGCUGGUCGCUCGACUCCCGCCCCUGUCGAACCUCAAGGCUCGUUCUCGCCUGAACACACGGCAUCUGAUCUGCCGGCUGAGGACCCAGUAUCACCCAGCAAUUAUGACUUCUUGGCUGACGACGACGACGUUCCCGACCAUCCCUCCGUAUGCGACCAGCAUAGCGGUCGCAUUUCGCCGAUGGAUGGAACCCAGAGUGCCGUGCAUGCCUCCGCGUCGGAUAUCGACCCAUCCGUUACUCCUGGUCCAACUGACGUCCCUGCGGCCAAAGGUCACUACCGCACAGAAGAGGAGAAGGAACAUAUGCGCACUCUACUGCCCAAAAGGAGGCUACCACUGGUCACCCGCCUGUCGUCUAAACUUCCUGUUACCUCCGAUACGAGCGUGCUGGCAUACGCAUGCGGCCAUCGCGAUUGUUGGCCACCCAACGCGUCGCAAAGCGCCAAUGUGUUCACCACUUCGGGAGAAUUGGCAAAGCAUUCGAGGAACGACCACAACGGAGAUCUUGGUGGUGUCACGCCAUUCAGAUGCGGACUCGAAGGCUGCGUGAAGAGCUGGAAGAGCCUCAACGGACUCCAGUACCAUCUACAGAUAUCGAAGUAUCACUUCCAAGACGCCAUUAUGACACAAGAAGGUGACCCUGUAGCGCCGUCUAAUGAUCGCAAUAAUGCCCCAGCUACCAAUUCGACCGUCACACCCACCAAGACGCAACCUAGCGUCCCACCUGUUCAGCAGGAGCUAGAUGAACAUGGGAUUCCCAUCGGGCUUGUCGGGCCCGAGAUUGGACGAUACAUCCACAACACCUUCCGAUGUCCCCACGAAGGCUGUACGAAGAAGUACAAGCAGAAGAGCGGUCUGAAGUACCACCUGGUCCACGGACAUAACGCGGACGAAGACCGACCCGUGCAGCUGUCCGUAGUCCCACCAGCGCUUGCGAAGAAGGUGAAAGAAAAGCAAUCGAACACCCAUAAUAACUCUCGAGAGUAG